UAUUAUUUCUGCCACGAACUUAGGGCUCCAUGGCUUGUCGCGGCUCGGAAUUGUGAGAUCAUCGCUGCGCAAUCGGAUCUCCAGCGAUCGAGCGCGAUCGACAAUGCUUCCCUAUUCCACCGCCGUAGAGGCCCAGGCGGCGCUGGGGCGGCCGCUAACGUUCCUGGAGACGCUGUGGCUCCAGCACACGGCCAAUCGCAGCGAUUAUUUCCUCUACUGCCUCAACAUCGUUUAUCUCUUUGUAAACUUCACUGUUCUUCCACUUCCCACGGUCAUCCUCGACGUUCUCAAGGUGAGAGCCUUCGAGCGAUUCAAGCUCCAGCCGGGCGUCCACACUACGAUCAGCGACGCUCUUCGCUGCUACAAGAGCGUGAUUUGGUCCUUUUGCACGGUGGUCGGGCCUCUCCAGCUCCUCUCUUAUCCCAUGGUUAAGAUGCUGGGAUUCCGGACGAGCCUUCCACUGCCGUCUUGCGGGGAGAUUGUCAGCCAGCUCGCGGUGUAUUUUUUGAUCGAGGACUAUGGGAACUACUGGAUCCAUCGCUGGCUCCACUGCGGCUGGGGAUACAAGAACAUCCACUACUUGCACCAUGAGUUCACGGCGCCGAUGAGCUUCGCGGCCCCGUAUGCUCACUGGGCCGAGAUACUGGUUUUGGGAAUUCCAUCUUUUGUAGGUCCGGCUCUAGUUCCUGGUCAUAUGGUUACUCUAUGGCUCUGGAUUGCGUUGCGACAUAUCGAGGCUAUGGAAACUCACAGCGGGUACGAUUUCCCGUGGAGCUUCACGAAGUUCAUUCCUUUCUACGGCGGAGCUGAGUAUCACGACUACCACCAUUUUGUUGGAGGCAAGAGCCAGAGUAACUUUGCGUCGGUUUUCACGUACUGCGACUACUUGUAUGGCACGGACAAGGGAUAUCGAUACCAGAAGAGCCUGAUGAAGAUCACGAAGAACAAACUUGGCGAAGAAACCGGCGGCUGGGUCGGCGAUAGCUGUGAUAAGAAGUCCAGUUAGAACUGAAGGCACGGUGCGCAUAAAAAGGAAUAUACUCUUUGUAGAAUCUGCUUGGCGAAUAUACUCUGUAGAAUAUGCCUGAGAAUAAACUUUUUACAUUUAAAA